AUGGAAGCUAACCCAGGAUCAAUCGUCCAUCUAGAACAUGAAGAUGGCAGAGUUACUAGAUUUUUUAUCUCAUAUUAUGCUUGUUGGAAGGGUUUUGUCGAGGGAUGUAGACCAAUUUUAUUCUUGGAUGGCACCCAUCUUUUUGAUAGGUACAAGGGAACUCUACUUGCUGCUACUGCUUUGAAUGGAGAUGGAGGAAUGUUUCCUGUCGCUCUUUGUAUUUGUGGAACCGAGAAUGAGAGCAAUUGGGAGUGGUUCCUUGAAUGCAUUCGUGACGUAUUGUACAAUUCAGAUGAUCCAUAUACUCCGAAUGAUGAGCUGGUUAUAAUCUCUGAUCGAGACAAAGGACUUCAAAAUUCCGUCAAGAAUUGCUUCCCUUGUUCAUAUCACAGUUAUUGCAUCCGCCAUUUAAUGGCCAAUUAUAAGAACAACUUGUCAAAGAAAAGGUUACCAGCACCACUUAGGGAUGAUUGUGUUCAAAUUAUGAAGAGAGCUGCCUAUGCCUACACAAUGCAUGCUUAUCAUAAUGAAUGCAACGAGCUCCAGAAUAAGUCAUCUAUUGCUUUCAUUGAAAUGCUGAAUAUGAGCCCACAGAACUGGGCUAAUUGUUAUUUUCCUGGAAAGAGGUAUGGGUGGUUAACCUCAAAUCUAGCUGAGUCCUUCAACGCAUGGAUUAAGGAAGCCCGAUUUUUACCGAUAGCGCAGUUGGUUGAUCACAUCCGGGUGAAGAUGAUGAAAAUGAGCUACGAUAGACGUGAGGAAUCCAACAAAUGGACUACACCACUUGUUCCUAGUGUAGAGGAGCAUCUUGUCCUGAUCAACGAGGGUGCACGUUGUCUUCAUGUUAAUCCUUCUACGUCGAUUCUGUAUGAAGUAUAUGAUUCCCCAUCUGUUAGAGUGAAUUUGGAGUACCGCACGUGUACUUGUCGCCAAUGGCAAGUUCUUGGACUACCUUGCAAGCAUGCGGCCGCCGUAAUCAGGCACAAAGAUCAGCUAUUGUAUCCAUAUAUUUCUGACUAUUUCAGCACGGAGGUGUACCGCAAGUGUUACUCCUUUCCCAUAUAUCCAAUUCCUGAUGAUGAGAAGCCAAUUAUAACGGAUGAGAAUAUGGAGAUUAGACCUCCAUUAACUUCGAUUCGUAGAGGAAGGCCAAAAACAAAGCGGAUCCCUUCUGGACUAAAUCCUUCUAGAUGUUGA